AUGGCGAACAUGAUUCCCCAGCACCACGAAGAUAAGUCCCUCAGUGGGCUGGGUGAAUCCUGUGCCUGGGCUAUGGGUCCUAACAGCUUGGCCGGCGUUCGACACCUAGCCGUCCGAGACGACUACGCUACGAAGGCCGAGUCGGCGAAAAUCAAUGCCAACGGCAAGCUACCGUGGAGACUGCCACAGCACCAGGUGAGGCCCCCAAACGACCUCUCCCUCGAUCAUCCAAGACCUCGAUGA